GGUCUGCUGCCUCGGCACUUCCCCAACAUGAAAUCUUGUCACAUGCUCCAUGAAGCGCUCUCGCUGCGGCCUCGGGGAGUAGCCGGCGCGCUGUCCUGAAAGGUGCAAGCAGACGAUUUCUCGGCCCGAGAAAUGGAGCUCCAGGACUUGGCGGCCACCGGCGCCACUGGAAAUGCUUUGGAAUCGUGGCUCAAUAAAGCAACUGACCCAACUAACAAGGAGGAAAACUGGGAAAGCAUCAAAAGCUUUUACGAAGAAAUCAACAAACAACCAGAUGGUCCACAGGUUGCUUUGCGACUUUUGGCACACAAAAUACAGUCUCCUCAAGAAAAGGAAUCGCUUCAAGCAUUGACAGUCCUGGAGGCAUGCAUGAACAACUGUGGCAAGCGAUUUCACAAUGAAGCUACAAAAUUUAGAUUUUUAAAUGAAUUAAUUAAAGUGCUUUCACCAAAGUAUCUUGGCACAUGGAGCACAGAUAAUGUAAAAUCAAAAAUUAUAGAAAUAAUGUACAGUUGGACUGUGUGGCUUCCAGAAGAAGUUAAAUUACAUGAAGCAUAUUCCAUGUUGAAGAAGCAAGGUAUCAUUAAAAAAGAUCCCAAAUUAUCACAGAGUAUAAUUGUUCCUCCUCCUCCUCCAAGGACAACUUGUUCUAUUUUUGAUGAUGAUGAUAAGUCAAAGUUGUUAGCAAGACUUUUAAAAAGUAACCAUCCAGAUGACCUUCAAGCUGCUAACAGGCUGAUUAAGAGUACAAUUAAAGAGGAUCAAGAAAAAACAGAAAAAGUGGCUAAGAGAAUUGCUGUUGUUGAGGAAGUAGAAAACAACUGCAAACUUCUCAAUGAAAUGCUGAUCAGCUACAAAAAGUGCAACAUCUCUGAAAGUGAUAGACAAAUUAUAAAGGGACUUUAUGACAGGUGUGAAAAGCUGAGGCCAACCCUUUUCAGACUAGCAAGUGACACAGUGGAUGAUGACCAAGCCCUAGCUGAGAUUCUUCAAGCAAAUGAUAAAUUAACUUUUGCAAUUAACACAUACCAAGAAGUUGUUGGCAGAGAAAAACUAAAUGGAAACAAUUUAAGUGAUAAUUCCAAAACUAAAGAUCCUCCGAGUCCAUGUGGUAUCAAAAGCUAUCAUCUCAUAGAUUUAUCCAGUGUGGAAUCAACAUUCAGUAACACAAUGGGGCAAACAGUCUCAAAUCCCUACUCCACAACAGAAGAACAUGUGACCUCUGCCUCACUCUUGGAUGAAGAUCUUAUGUCACUUGGAUUGAAUGAUCCUUUGGCACUGCCACCUUUGCAGAGGAUACCUGGAUCAGAGUCAUUUGAUUUAGAUCUGAAUAUAGAGCAGAAGAAACUGACUGCUGGAUCUGGGAGCUGCAUAAGAUUGGAUCCUUUGGAGACAAGCAGAACCUCCUUGUUGCACUGCAGUGAAAUAUCAUUUACCCAACAGAAUAAAAGCCCACUCUUGCAGUCCAGAUCAUGUUACGCCCUGGAUCAUUCUCUUCUGUCCUCAUCAAGUCAGAAACAAGCUGGAAAUUCAUCUUGUGCACUUUCAACUGACAUUUUACUGUCUGAUAUUUUUGUUUCACUGGAUUCAGUAAAACCAAGUAAUAUUCAGCCAAUUACAGCGUAUGAUAAAAAUGGUUUUAGAGUCAUGCUGCACCUUGCUAAAGAUCCCCCACCUGGGAGGCCUGACGUGCUAGUAAUUGUAAUUUCCAUGCUGAGCACUUCUCCUCUUCCAGUGAAGAAUAUUUUAUUUCAGGCAGCUGUGCCAAAGGCCAUGACAAUCAAGCUGCUGCCUGCUAGUGGGUCAGAACUUCCAGGUUUUAACCCUAUACUUCCUCCAUCUGUCAUCUCUCAGAUCAUGCUUCUGGCCAAUCCCAAGAAGGAAAAAAUACGGUUACGAUACAAGCUGAACUUCACACAAGGCAGCACUGUCUUCAGUGAGUUGGGAGAGGUGGACGAGUUCCCAGCGACGAGCUCCCAGGCAAACAUCUGAAGAAAAGAAAGAAAAAAUGUUGAACUCUGUAGUCGGACCCUGACGGAGCUGAUGCAAGGUUACUUUUGUGUGUACAUGCCAAAUAUUAGGUCUACGUAAAAUAUAUUUAUACUGUUAAGUUAUGUAAGAGGUUGAGAAAUGAAAAUUACUGAAAUAUUUAUUUUCUGAAGAACUUUGAAUAUGGAGCAUCUUGUUUUUUUUAUUACAGUGUCCAGUAUCAACAAAAAUGCUAAAGUAAUGAAGGAGUCUGUAAAGUAUCUUGGUAGAAAUGAUUUGUCUCAGAUUAUCGGUGGCAUUCAUUACUGCAAAAAGAAAAGUAUUACAGCAGCCAGACUAAACCCAAGGAAAAAGUUUAGAAAAAUAAAAAGAGGGUUAUAAAAAUGGAACACGGUUUGGGGCAUCUUGGGUAGAUGUGGUCUGGUAGAUCAAGCACCUUAAUCCAGAUAGCAUGCUUAGUGCUUUUACAGUCAGUCUUAAAUUAUUUUUACUGAAUUGCACUUUGCUUUUCAGAGCAUUUAAGAUUAAUAGCUGCUUCUUAAACCAGCAGUAGCCAUUAUGGGCCUCCUUGAAAUUGUGCUGCUCAGAAAUCAGCAGGAUUUCAAAGAAGUGUCUAAGAUGAGAGGAGGUCAUUUCUUAAAUGCAGGGAAUCCCACUCAAAUGACUUCUUUAUGUUUACAAUACCCUACUGCUGUUGUAAAAAGUCUUCAUUGAUUUUAUCCCAAUUGUUAACAUUUUGCCAUUAAGAGUACACACAUAUCUGCAUUGUACUUUGUGCUCUUAGCAUCACGUAAAACUGUUGGCAAGUGGACUGAAGGCUGUCCUUCCCAGCACAGUAUUAUACUUAGCACAAUGGUAGCAUGACAUUGACAUGUUAGGUGCCAUAUGAGUAGCAAGGAACAUGACAUUUCUGUGUGUUGUAGAAGAAAGUGUAAAAUAAAAAUGCUAUUGCAGAUGGA